AUGAAGGAGCGUGUUGAGAAGAUGAGCGUUGAAGAUGAACUAGACUUAACAGAUAAGCAUAUUCUGCUGCGGAUUCUUGACCUGUUAGCACCGGUAGAUUUGCUGGUCCAGGUCCUGCGGGGUUUUAAGUUGGCGUUGAAGCACAUCCCAGGAAGGGACAAUCCGGUUGCGGAUGUUUUGUCUCGGUUAGGCUAUCCUAUUGAUCCGAUUGUGCAGGUGGAGGGUCCGUCUGAGAAUAAAUGUGCGAAUUUUGCGCAUCCCUUGGUUACUAUGCCGGACACAGAAGAAGAGUACUCGUUGGCACUCAACCUAGCCUGGUUUAAGCAGAUGCUGCCGUUCUUCGCGGAUACGCCGAUUGUGAUCCCUCCGGAGCAGGGGGUAUUCUUGAAGCAUGGGCGUAUCCCUAUGCCGCCGCCUCCGUUUGUGACGCUGAUUUUGUCACCCCAGUCCGCGUUGUGA